AUGUUACAGGGAGACGACGUGUUCGUGACUACUGACAACGGAGUUCUGAGGGGCGUGGUUGCCACGUCAUUGAAUGGCGCUCUCUACAACCAGUUCCGGGGCAUACCGUUCGCCACGCCGCCUCUUGGUGAUCUCCGAUUCCGAGCUCCGCAGCCGGCGCCUUCCUGGUCCGGGGUUCGAGACGCGCUGGCCUUCGCGGAUGUGUGUGUCCAGCCCUCUUAUGACGGCAUACAGACAAUUGUCGGCUCCGAAGACUGUCUGUACCUGAACGUGUUCGUGCCCGUUAAUGGUAGUGGUCCUUUCCCCGUCAUGGUCUACAUCCACGGCGGCGCCUUCAGGAUAGGAAAUCCCGCCGGCGGCACUCCGGACUACUUCGUUGAGAGGGGCGUUCUGCUGGUCUCAGUCGCCUACCGCCUCGGCGCCCUCGGUUUCCUGAGCCUGCUGAACGACGACAUCCCUGGCAACGCAGGCCUCAAGGACCAAGUAUUGGGGUUGCAGUGGGUGCAGAGAAACAUCGCCGCCUUUGGUGGAGAUCCCAGCAGGGUCGCCAUCAUGGGAGGGAGCGCAGGAGCUGGCUCUACAUCACACCUCUUCCUCUCGCCGGCGACCAAGGGUCUCUUCAGCGGAGUGAUCAUGGAGAGUGGGGUGGCAACGGGCCCCUGGGCAGUGACGGACAAACCCCGCGAGAGGGCGUACCGGAUGGGGGAGGCACUCGGCUUCCAGGCGCAGGGCGGCAACCACACUGACGACGACGACGCGCGGCUGGCCGCCCUCCUUCGUGCCACAAAUUACUCCAUCCUCAACGGCCCCGACCUAAUUGCACUCUCAGAUUUCGAGAAACGGUGCCCACUGCCGCUGGAUUUCGUUCCCGUUGUGGAGCCGCCCUCGGAUUCUGCGCUGGUCAUCGAGCAUCCAGUGGACGUCCUCAGAGCUGGCACAUACAAUCAGGUGCCCAUCAUGCUAGGCGUCACUUCUGGAGAAGGAGUCCUUAUAUCCAUCAACACCACCAUUAUGACGGAAGCAGGGAUCGCCGACUUGAUGGAGAACUUCACGGCGCUGAUCGGCUCCCAGCUGCCGCUGCCCACCGAAGAACAGCGGACUCGCGCGGCGCAACAGCUGGAGCAGUUCUACUUUGGGGACGAGGGCUUCUCCACGGACGACAUGGAUCCUGCACCAUCUGGAAAUCCAGUGGUAUGGGACACGUUCACUGCUAAUGCUUCCAACUAUCUGGAUAUGAAACUGGAAUCUGUGACACGUCAAGAUUUGCUCAAGGAGCGGAUGGAUUUUUGGAGAGAAAUACUACCUUCAUAA